AAGACAUAUAUGAUUGGCUUCGCAAGAGUAAGUUCUCUUUGAAAGAGUCUGUUGGUGCAUUGGAGAGCAAUUCUGAGGAAAACUUUCCACUGAGCCAGUUUACUACUGUGGACAGAGAAGCUAUUUGGGCAGAAGUGGAAAAAGAUCCAGAGAAGCCUCGGUUAAAAACUGAAGAAUCUGAAAAUGGUACCUCUUGUAAUCCAGUAGCUUCACACGAGGCAGACGGUGACCAAGAUAAUAGUGAGCACACAGAAUCAGCUGAUACCAGCACAGGCCACGAUAGUGAAAAUACAUCCUCUUUUUCUCCUUCUCUGGAGUUGCAAGAAGUGAGCAAUGAGGAACACGAUAGUGCUGCAGUGGAUUGCAAGGAUAAACCAAAGCAUGCAAGUUCCUUCAAUGCUUUCCUCCCCGAAAGCUCCAAAUCCAAUGUAGCACUAAGUCUUGUGCGUGCUGACUCUGAGAGGACUCAGGCAUCAGAAUCUUUGUCAAGUGAUGAAGAGGUGGACUUGGAGCUCCAGGAAAUUACCCAUUCCAGGUUGCUCAAGCAGCAGAAGGAAAAGCAGGAGAUGAUUGAGGCUUUGUUCAAACACAUGCUGUUGUAUUUGCAGCCUUAUGAUUCCAGGAGGGUACUGUAUGCUUUUUCUGUUCUGGAGGCAGUACUCAAAACAAACCCUAAAGAAUUUAUUGAUGCUGUAGCUAGUACUAGCAUGGAUACCAGCUCCACAGCACAUUUGAAUCUUAUUUACAAUCUUCUAGCUCGCCAUCAGGAAGCCCUUGUAGGACAAAGUUUUUAUGGCAAGCUUCAGACUCAGUCCCCCUCCAUGUGUCCCCAUUCUCUCCUAAUAGAACUGCUUACUUACCUCUGUUUGAGUUUUCUGCGCUCGUAUUAUCCAUGCUACCUGAAGGUCACCCACAGAGAUGUGCUUGGCAACAGAGAGGUUCAGGUAAAAAGUGUGGAAGUCUUGAUUCGAAUGAUGACUCAGCUGAGUGUCAUAGCAAAGUCUGCAGAGAAUAGGAAUCUAGAGUUCAUACACAAUUUGCUGGGAAGAUGCAAAAUUCAAGAGUUUGUUCUUCUUUCUUUAUCUGCAUCUAUGUACACAAGCCAAAAACGAUAUGAACUACUUAUGGCAGAUGCAGUUAAUAAUGUUCCUGAAGAAGAUCUCUUUGAAGAGAGCCUAGUCAACUUUGGGCAUGAUCAAAUAUGGAGCGAACACCCACUCCAGAUUGAGUUGCUGAAGCUUUUGCAGGUUUUGAUAGUUUUGGAGCACCAUCUUGGACAGACUCACGAGGAGCAGGAGAAUCAGUCAGACCUCUUUAAAGAAUGGCAGCAGGCUCUUAAUUUCCAGCAGGCCAUCGGCGCAAUGCAAUACGUCUAUCCACACCCAAUAACUUCACAGGGAUUAUUUGUUUCUGCCGUUGUUAGAGGCCUCCAACCAGAGUAUGGCUAUGGGAUGCAUCCCACGUGGGUAGGCUUAGUCACAUGUUCCUUGCCCUAUUUUGGGAAAUCCUUAGGCUGGACUGUGGCACCAUUUGUUGUACAGAUUUGUAAAAACCUGGAUGAUCUUGUCAAACAGUAUGAAAAUGAAACUGUGAAGUCAUCUGUGAAACCAUCAGCAAGCUUAACGUCUAAAAGAGAAAAUGUUACACCUGAUUACCCAUUAACCCUUUUGGAAGGUCUGACAACCAUUGGUCACUUCUGCCUUUUGGAUCACCCUAAUCAAACUAAAAAGUCGUCAUGUGUAGGUGAACCUACAAAUCUGAGAAAUGCAAGGAAUGCCAUUUUAGAAGAAUUGCCUCGUAUCAUUAACACAAUGUCUCUUCUUUGGAGCAUUAUAAAAAGGGAAGACACUCAAAAAAGGCCAACUGACUUCUUUGGGACAACUAAGGGCUCCUCUUCAGUCUACUUUAAAGCAACCAAGACAUUAAAAGCUAAAAUAUUGGACUUCCUGAACCCACUGACAGCACAGCUUGGAAUGCAGUUGAUGGCAGCAAUUGCAGCAGUAUGGAACAGCAAGAAACCUCAUAGGAGUCAAAGUAAAAUAAAGAUUCUUCCAGUGCCUAGUGCAUCUCAGCUUAUUCUUGUGGACUUGAUAUGUGCACUUAACACAUUGAAAAUAGACACUAUAUUACACCUAGUCAAAGAAGUAGUCAAGAAACCAUCACAAAUCAAAGGCGAAGAGAAAUCUUCUCUUGUAGAUAUUCCCAUGCUGCAGUUCAGUUUUGCUUUCAUUCAAAGACUGCCUAUCUCAGCCUUGCAGGAGAACUUCCAGCCCUUAUUAGGGCUUCUGAAGGAGUCUGCACAGUUGAAUUUGGCUCCUCCUGGACACUUCUUACUUCUCAGUAUUCUGAAUGACUUUGUGACUAGAACGCCUACUCUAGAAAACAAAAAAGACCAAAAAGACUUGCAGGAUGUGACCCAAAAAAUCUUGGAGGCUGUAGGAACCAUUGCUGGUUCUUCUCUGGAACAGACUAGCUGGCUUAGCCGGAAUUUAGAAGUGAAAGCUCAACCUCAGAUUUUACCAGAUGAGUUCAACUUUGAAGACGUGAAUGAUACAUCAAUGACACCAUCCUCAAUGGUUUCUGCCUCUGCUCCCUCAAUAUACAGUGUCCAAGCCCUUUCACUCCUUGCAGAAGUUCUUGCUUCCCUCUUGGACAUGGUUUACCGGAGCGAUGAGAAGGAGAAAGCUGUGCCAUUGAUUUCACGUUUGCUUUAUUACGUAUUUCCCUAUCUACGCAACCACAGUGCCUACAACGUUCCAAGCUUUCGUGCUGGUGCUCAGUUGCUCAGCUCAUUGAGUGGAUAUGCCUAUACCAAGCGAGCCUGGAAAAAAGAAGUUCUUGAGCUGUAUAUGGACCCAGCAUUUUUCCAAAUGGACACUUCAUGUACUCAUUGGAGAUCCAUUGUUGAUCAUCUUCUAACACAUGAGAAGACAAUGUUCAAAGAUUUGAUGAAUAUGCAGAGCAGCGCAUUAAAACUAUACCCAAGUUUUGAGCAAAAAGCAAUGUUGCUAAAGCGACAGGCUUUUGCUGUUUUUAGUGGGGAGAUUGAUCAGUAUCAUCUCUACCUUCCAUUAAUACAAGAACGACUGACCGAGAACCUUCGUGUUGGACAAACUUCCAUAGUUGCAGCACAGAUGUUUCUCUUCUUCAGAGUUCUUUUGUUAAGGAUUUCUCCUCAGCAUCUAACCUCGCUGUGGCCAAUUAUGGUAACAGAAUUGAUUCAGACGUUUCUACAGCUGGAAGAAGAUUUAACAGAGGAAGAGGAACCACCAAAGAGCAACAGCAAAAUAAGCAGACAGAAAGUGUCAGCUGAUGGCAGUGGUUCCUCACUUUCUGACAUACAGCAGAAUGAACUGUCCUUGUAUUUAUCAGCUUGUAAAUUUUUGGAUACAGCACUUUCAUUUCCACCCGACAGGAUGCAGUUAUUUCAGAUGUACAAAUGGGCGUUUGUCCCAGAGAUUGACACAGAAGCGUGUACUGUGAAUUCUCAUCUGAUGGAAAAUCAUCAAGAAUGCAGACCACACAUUUUAAGAAUCAUGGAUCUGCUAAAGAAGAAAUAUGGGGAAACGAACAAUACUAAUGAGAGAACUUCCAAAAGGCCCAAAUUUCCUCUUUUGGACAUCCGCUGUAUAUCUAGCAUCACCCAGCUGGUACCCUUCUUCAAGACUCUGUGUUGCGUGUUUACAGCAAAGGGGAGCGAGUCCCAGAAUUGCCAUGCUUCUGCCUCUCUCCCUGUGGACUACUUUGGCAAUAAUGGCAUAAAGAUCUUGCAACAGCUUGAAGACAGUGUUGAAUGUGACUUUCUUGAAAACAUGGAAAGUUAAGCACCAUGGCAAAUGUUUUAUUUGUGUU